AUGCCAUGCCGGGUGUCUCACCUAUUCUGCAGUCAGGGCAGGGCAGGACUAGCCCAUAGAGGGGCGGUGAAGCUCACACUAGCAGCCCCGGGCAGCCUCGCCCUUCGCACAAGGUUAAUCCUGUGCCACCGGGAGCGGCGCUCUCCCCCGCCUGUCCUGGUCGCCACCUUGCUGGCAUCCCUGUCACAUCGCGUCCCGUCUCCUUCCUGCCAUGGACCACAGGAGGGGGGGUGGGAGCCGAUCACUCCGGCCCCGCGCUUCCUCCCUUUCUCGAGCAUAUCGUCUGCUGACGGUUCCCGGGAGGCUCCUGGUAAAAAGUCGACCUCCAAAAGGAAGCACUUACAGUGCCACGAUUGUCAGACCUUGCUAGAGGACAACUACCAAUUUUCUCACUGUCCCUUGUGCCAUGCCAGAUACAAGCAGGAACCCACUAUCCAGGACAUGGUUGUCUGGGUCAAAGAUUUUUUGUCCUCUAACAUGAAUUCCAUGGGAGCUUCCAUUGAUGAGCUAAAGCAGAUGGUGUCCGCUAAGCGUUCAAGACCAGCUUCGCCUCCAAGGUCGAUGGAAGUGUCCGGGGAAGCAGCGCGUGAUGACUCCCAGUCCUCUUCAUCUGAGGAAGAAGACAAGUUUCAGUAUUUCUUCUUUUCCGGAGAAAACACAGAGGCUGCUAAGGUCUAUCAGGUUGGAGGACCAUGAUGCCGAAAGGGGGUGAAGCCUCUACGUCUGCCUCUAAGGAGCCUAGGGCCUUUAAAGCAGAUGAUUCCCUUCUGUCUUUAAAGAGGGACUCCCAUGGAAAACUUUUUUUUUUUAUAAAUCAACUGGUGCCAGAAAAUUAAACACAUU